AUGCGGAGGAGGCGGACGAAAGCGCAACUGGAAUACGAAAGAUUUCAACGCGCGAAGAACGAUGCUGGUGCCGCUGCUGAAACAGUCGAACACUCCUGCCCAGAAGAGAACGCCAGUACACUGCCAUUACCAGUCGUGAUGAAUGCCCCAAGGACGCGCCUUCCUGCCGAAGUAGCAUCGGAAAGCAGCAACAACAACUCACCGCCUGCUCUUUUCACCGCAUCACCACUCACCUCAGUGUUUCGCCCACAUCUACUCGAAACCAGACUUCAACAACAGCUCUUAGAAGAAGACAAGCAGCAGCAGGCCAGAGAAGUAAGAAUACCCAAGCAACGGACUACGAUGACAAGCAAGAGAGCAGCCAAGAGGCAGCGCAAAGCCCGGAAGGCCCGCGAAGAAGCCCGUGAAGAAGCCCUCGUCUUCAUCAAGAGCGAGUCCGUCGACAGUUCCCAAGACGCACCGCGCAACUUCGCCUACGGUGCUUCAACCGGAUCGUCCUCGUACCAGCACUCGAGCUCUCCCGCGCGUCAGCCACGGGCCGCGCCGAAGCGAAACAGCAUCAUCGACCUAAUCAGACUAUGCACCUACCCCGGUCAAACAAUCCACCCAAACUCCGUCAACCGACUCUUCAUCCUCCAGCGAGAUAUCGACGCCGCUAUGGACGGCCAGGGUCGUCACGUAUGGAUUCUACGAAGGCUCCCACGCGACAUCACCUUGACGGUGGAACGAAAGGAAGCCAUCUGGCUGGCACAAGGGAAGAUCAACCGGGUCGUGGAUGAACGAGGACGCUCACGCAGACGGCUGAAGCUCGAUCGAUACGUGCCAGCCAAUCGCUGGGUCAUAAUCGAUCGCUAUAUUCCCGGCAUGCCGUACCCUCUCCCUCUGCGCCGCAACGCCAUGCCGCGUAUGAGGGUAUUUUCGAGGUCAUAUGCGUAG